AUGGCCUUUGGAACACUGUAUACGUAUACUCCCAACGCACGGAUCUUGAAGAUCCAGGCUGCAGCCCAGAUCAAUGGGCUCGACAUCAAUCUAGCUCCCGAUUUCCAGAUGGGGAUCACCAACCGCUCGCCCGAGUUUCUAGCAAAAUUCCCCAUGGGCAAGGUUCCCUGCCUGGAAACUUCCCAUGGAGCGCUCCUGUUCGAAUCUGAUGCCAUUGCUCAGUUCGUUGCUGACAGUGGUCCCCAUCGCGAACAGCUCCUUGGGCGCGAUGCUCUCGAACGUGCCUCGAUCCGUCAAUGGAUCUGCUUCGCUGACCAUGAGAUCAUGGACCCGAUCAUCCAACUGGUGAUGUGGCGAGUUGGGAUGGCGGCAUUUGAUGUCACGGUCGAGGAGCGAUCCAUGGCCGCUCUCCGCCGGGGACUGCAGUGUCUCGAAAGACAUCUGGCGGUAGGACAGUGGGUGGUUACCGAAGGAAAGCUGAGCCUGGCGGAUCUCUCGCUGGCUAGUGCUUUAUACUGGGGAUUCAUGCAGGUGAUUGAUGCAAAGAUGCGCGAGGAAUUCCCCUCGGUGACUCGAUGGUAUCACCGGGUCAUCGGCCAGGAGGAGAUCCGCUGUGUUUUUUCCGAGGCGACUUUUAUCAGCGCGAGACAAGAGCACCCUUAG